AUGGCAGAGCCCACAAAACAAGAGACUGACCAGGUCUUCAAGGUCCUCAAAGGCCAAAAGGCAAACAAAUCGUGUUUCGACUGCAAUGCACGCAACCCGACGUGGUCGAGUGUCACGUUUGGUGUCUACAUUUGUCUGGACUGCUCGAGCGUGCACAGAAACAUGGGUGUACAUAUCAGCUUUGUACGAUCUACCAAUCUUGACAGCUGGCAACUCAACCAGUUACGCACGAUGAAGGUCGGAGGGAAUGCAUCGGCGACAGAAUUCUUCACGAAGCACGGCGGUGCUUCCCUGCUGAGCGACUCCGAUACAAAGAAGAAGUAUUCCAGCCGAUACGGAGAGUUGUAUAGGGAAGAACUUGCCCGCCGUGUGAAGGAGGACGCUGCGAGAUUCGCUAACGGUAUCUUCGUGGAAGGAAUGGAGGCACCAACAGCCUCCGUUGCGAAAGAAGAAACUGAAGACGAUUUUUUCGAAUCAUGGUCGAAACCCGCCACGCCUAGGUCAUCUAACCCCGGUACGCCGCGUAUUUCGACCCCGCCCAUCAUCGGUAAAACACCUUCAGCCAGCUCUGCCACAAGCAGCACAGCGAGCACCCCGGCUGCGGCACUGGCGGCUCCGACACCUCGUACACUCACCUCGUCGGCGGCUGCACGCCCCGCCCGUCUCGGAGCAGGCACGUCCCGUCUCAAUUCCGCGUCUUCGGGAGGAUCGGCCACUUCAGCACCGAAGAAGUCGAAGCUCGGUCUCGGAGCCUCGAAAGCCAAGCCUGUCGAUUUUGCUGAGGCCGAGAGGAAGGCACGGGAAGAGGAGGAGAGGAUCAAGCAGCUGGGAUAUGAUCGCGAACGUGAAGAAGCAGAGGCGAAGGCGAAGAGAGAUGCCGAAGCGUUGAAGAGGUCCCAAGAGCUCAGCUCGCGUGCUGUUGUCGCUACCACUACCAGCUCAGUAGGAGGAACGAACAAAUUCGCGAACACUCCAGACCCUACGAAAUCCGCUGCUUUCCCUCGUCUGGGCUUUGGAGCAAUUCCUGGGGCCGGUGCUGCAGCAGCUGUCGCGGCCGUUUCUGCUUCUGCUACCACAAGAAGUACCUCCAUCGUUGACGACGCACCCACCACCGCCCGCGAGAAAUUUGGCAACCAAAAGGCCAUUUCGUCUGACAUGUUCUUCGAGCGUGGCUCAUACGACGCGAAUGCGACCAGCGAGGCCCAGACACGACUACAAUCCUUCCAGGGUGCCACCGCUAUCUCUUCCAAUCAGUAUUUCGGACGCGAAGAGGAGGACCCGUUGCGCGAUGACGUGGAAGGCGGGCUAUUGGGCGAUGGGAGUUUGGCGAGUUUGGAAGGCGCGGCGAAGGAGGCGAUUGCGAGGGUAUUGGCCAACCCGGACGUCCAGAGUGUUGGAGAGAGCAUCAGGUCUGGAGCCCUUAAGCUCUCUGACUACUUGGCGUCGAUGUCCGAGCGUUGA